AUGCCCCAUGCUUACUUGCAUGAGAUGUCCAGCGAGGGCAUACCACGACUGGAGCCGAGGCCAUCUGCGGAGGCGCUGCCCCGCGACAUCUGCAGCUACAUCGUGAGGAACCCGACGGUGACCAUCGCGGGCGCGGCCAUCCAGGCGCAGGCGUGGGCCCUGCCGCCAGCGGCCGCCGGCGCGCUUGGCACCGCCGCGCCGGCGCCGGGGCGCACGAAGCUGAGCAGCAGGGCCCGCGCCUGGGCGCCCGCCGCGGCCGCGGCAGCACCUGCUCUGGAAGCCGCGAGGCCGUGCGGGAAGGCGCUGGCGCCGCCGGUGCCCAGCAGUCUGCCGGGCGUCCCGAAGUUCGGGUUGGCCAUGCUCCAGGGGGUCAAGGAGGCCUUGCGGAGGAACGUGUUCGUGGCAGGGGUCGACAUCGGCGCGAGCGCCAAGGGUGGCUGGUUUGUGCAGAUCGGUGUGCACAGACGCCACUUCUUCAUGAAGGAGCACGUCCUGGCCUGCGCCCAGGAGGCAGUGCUCGACGCCUUGGACGGGCUGGAGGCGUUGCGCGCCCGCGGGCCAGGCAGCGGGCGCGGCAUCCCCGAGACGGCCUUCCACUUCAAGGUGGAGUGCUCCGGCUCGGACGGCGGGCGCUAGUGGCCGGGCGUGGCCUGCCAGCCCGACCCU